UGCUUGAAAAUAAAUAUAUGAGAAAGGGCAAAUCCCAGACUCAGAAUAUAGCUAUGUCCAUGAUCUAUGCUUUGGACUGACUGAGAACAAACUAAGAAGUAACAGAGUAGGGUUAAGUCAAAUACACAAAUACACAAUGAGCUUGUCCCUUAUUCAAGGUUAUUCUUCUGCCGAAGACGAACCAGACCAAGACCAAACCAACGAUUCCGACAUCGAACAUUCCGACGACGAUGCCACCGUCGACGCCGCCGCUGCCGUGGGCCACCCUUCUCUCGGUGACAGAUCCAUCUUCAACCACCGUCCUAACCCUCCUUCUUCCUCUGGUCUUCCUUCUGCCUUCGACGCUUUCUCCGAAAUUGCAGGACCGCCCCAAUUUCUGAACAACAGUGUGGAGGAAUACAACAGCAACCCUUCGAGAGACGGUGAUGAGCAACAUGGGAGGCAACGCAAUAGGAGGCGCCGCAAUGACAAGAAAGAUUUACCCACUGCAACAAAUCCUAAUGCUGAAGAUGCUGCAGAGCUUUUAAGAAUGUGCUUGCAGUGUGGGAUUCCCAAGACCUACUCCAGUGCUCGUGGAAUGGUGUGCCCUGUAUGUGGUGAUCGCCCUCCAAAUGAUAGCAGCACAGAGUCCAAGAAGAAAGGAUCCACUGUCAAAGAUAAAGAAAAAUCUAAAAGAAUGAAGGGUCAAUCAUCCCAUGCAACCUGGAAAAGUGAAACAGAGAUGCAACUUAGGCAACAGUUUGAUUAGCCUUAUCUUUGUUUCUUUGUAAGUUAAGUUACCAGUUACCUGGUAUAUAUAAUUUUAUGUGGUUAGGACUAUGAUUUUUAAAUUCACAAAUUUCGAUGUUAACAACGCCAACUUUGUAGCUUAAGUUAGAUUUUUGUUCGGUAAGAGAGAUCCUUCUGCCUCUGUUGAAUAGAACAACCAAGUCACUGUAGUUUCAAUGUAUUAUUGCAACCAAGAAUUAUUAGGGCA